AUGCUUGAGGGGCUCGUUUCGAACCUGCUCAAUAGGUUUCUGGGCAUCUGCGCAAUCUCGAACUUCGCCGCGAAGCGCUCGAUCAACUACAUUUACCCCCUCAACGUCGUCGCAGGCCAUCUGGGGUCACUUACACUUUCGAUACCCUGGUCAAAUCUGCGAGGGAAGCCGUUGAAGGUCAACAUCGAGGAUGUCUACCUGUUGGCAGCACCUAAGGAGGAUGCAGAUUACGAUGCCGAUGAAGAAGAGCGGAGAGCGCAUGCUGUGAAGAUGGAGAAGCUUGAUAGUGCUGAGCUGCUGAAAGAGCGGAACACUGAAGGUAUGAGCGCCGAAGAGCAACAGAAGAACCAGAGCUUCACGGCAAGCCUGGUCACGGCGAUAGUGGACAAUGUACAGGUCACUGUCAAGAACAUCCAUAUCCGAUACGAAGACUCGAUAGCCGAUCCUGGCCACCCGUUCGCGCUGGGUCUUACGCUCGCCGACUUCAGCGCCAUCAGCACUGAUGAGAACUGGAAGCCGACCUUCAUCCAAGGCACCGCAAGCUCAACUCACAAGCUGGCGACGCUCGGCUCGCUUGCAAUAUACUGGGAUACCGACGCGAAGUUGAUUGGGACUGGCAAAGGAAACCAGAGCAAAGAUGAGCAGGAUAUUGACCACGAUGACUUCAUCGAGAAGGUCCGAGGGAUGAUUGUAAGGGGUGAGAACCCCGAGCUAGGCGACCACCAAUUCAUCCUCAAGCCCAUAAGCGGUCGUAUGGGUCUUGAAAUGGACAAGACAGGCAAGAUAGACAAACCCAAGAUGAAGGCUCGACUACUCUUCGACGAGCUUGGAUUCAUCAUUGAUGAAGAUCAAUAUCGUGACGCACUCAUGCUCGUCGAUCUUUUCCACUACUUCAUCCGACACCAGGAGUACAAAAAGUUCCAGCCCCAAUCAUCACCGAAAGAAGACCCUGCGGGGUGGCUGCGGUUUGCAGGUCAAGCUGUCCUCGACAAGAUUCAUGAACGAAACCGGCAGUGGAGCUGGGAUUACUUCAAGGAGAGGCGAGACGAUCGCAUACGCUACAUUGAACUUUUCAAGAAGAAAAAGAGGGAAGAGAAGCUCAAUGCGGAGGAGAACGAAGACCUUGAUAAGCUCGAGCGAAAGUUGAAGUACGAAGAUCUCCGGUUCUGGCGCUCUUUAGCCCGCAAUCAACUGCGCAAGGAAAACAUCGGUGUGAAGAAACCACCUCCGAAGCAGGGCUGGGGCUCGUGGAUCUGGGGCUCCAAGCAAGAAGAGAACAAGGAUGAUAAUACUCAAAUGACAGACGAGCAGCGCAAGGAGUUGUAUGAUGCCAUCGACUGGGACGAGAAAAAUGCAAUCACCGAAUCCGUAGACAUGCCUCGGGAGUACGUCAAGAUGGAAGUCAAUAUGAGCCUGCGGACGGGUAGCUUCACACUGAAGCGAGACCCUCACGGUCAGGCGAAUGACAUAUUGCGACUUCUUUUCGAUUCAUUUAGUACGCAAUUCCUCCAACGGACAGAUUCUAUGUUCGUCAAGGUCGCUCUAGAAGGCAUGCGCUUGUAUGACGGUACUACCGAAGGCAGCCUGUUUCCUCAACUCAUCACAAUCAAGGAUGCACCACCUGUGCCGGAUGACAAGCGCAUUGAAGAGCUCAAUGAUGACGAGACAUCUAAGAAUGGUGAUGACGACGAAGAAGAGGAGCAAGAAGAUCCUUUCUUCCAGCUGGCUUUCGAGAAGAACCCGCUUGAUGAAAGCGCCGACACAGCUCUUACCAUGAAGCUGAAAGGUAUGGAGUUUGUGUACAACCCAAAGUUUGUCGUGGAAGUGGCCAAGUUCUUUAAGCCCCCAGAGCGGCACAUGGAAUCCAUUGGUGCUCUUAUGGAAACAGCUGGAGCUACGGUCGAAGGCAUCCGCCAACAGACCCGCGCUGGUCUAGAGUUCGCUCUCACAGAACACAAAACCAUCAAUGCCCAGCUUGAUCUGCAAGCGCCUCUGAUCAUCAUUCCUGACUCUGUCACGAAGAAAUCUAGCAACUGCCUCAUCGUCGAUGCAGGUCACAUCAGCGUCACAAGCGAGCUGGUGGACAAAGCCACUAUAAAUGACAUUCAGUCGAAGCAGAAACAUCAGUACACCGAAGACGACUUCAAGAAGUUGGAAGCAUUGAUGUACGACAAGUUCCUUCUCAAGCUCCACUCAACGCAGGUUCUCAUCGGCCCCUCGAUCGAGGAGACACGCGCGCAGCUCGAAGAAAACGCCACUUCGAAGAGUUUGCACAUUGUUGACCGAAUAAACAUGGACUUCAAGAUUGAGAUAUGUAUUGUUCCUAAAGCAUCCGAUUUGACCAAGUUCCGCGUCGGUGGUAACCUCCCUAUUCUCCAUGCGUCGAUAUCCGACUUAAAAUACAAGAACUUGAUGAAGCUCAUUGACGUCGCGAUACCGAAGUUCGAGAACGACCAGCCAAGCAAACAGGUUACUGAGGGCGCGAAGGGCCCUUCAAACCUCAAGCCUACUAGCGAAGCAAAGCCGAAUGAAGACCCUCUCGGUCGGCCUAGAUCAAAGUCGUUCCAAUUCGCCGCACAAGAACACGAGCUUGUGCUGGAAGAAGACAACGACAGUGUCAAAAACGAGAAGUUCGAAGAUGCUCCACAAGCAAAAUCCAAAUCCGACAUCAACAUCCACCAGCGGAAUUUCGAGUUCAACUUCACUGUGGACAAGCUCCAAGGUUCGCUCUAUCGAUCAGAUCCUGAAGGCAGGAAGGCCGACCAGCUGUUGGUCGAACUUGUCGCCGAGCACUUUGAUCUUAGCUUCUACCAAGAGCCAUUUGACAUGGUUGCUGAAGUCAGCCUGAAGUCCUUGGCUGUGGAAGACCAUGUGGAACAGGACCCGUUGCCUGAAUUUCGGAACAUCAUUUCAUCGGAAGAUGCCUCAGCCAAGGAGCAGAAGGACCUGUUUUCUCUGAAAUUCGUCAAAGUAAACAAGGAGUCGCCAGAGUUCCAGAACAAGUAUGAAGGCAUUGCAAUGAAUCUGGAUGUCGCGGUGUCCACCAUCAACCUCAUCGUCACGCGCAAAACUUUGCUGACGCUCCUGGACUUCGUCUUGAUCACAUUUACAAAUCCUGGUCAAGCCCAGGACCAACAAGCACAGAUUGCUGACAAGGCUGGGGAGCAGCAAGAGGUUGCGCAAGCUCCACAGCAAGAUCAAGACAAGAUCCGCAUCCGAGCUGAAUUAAAGCGGAUAGAGGUAAUACUCAACAACGAUGGCAUACGAUUGGCCACACUAAGUCUCAACUCUGGCGAAGUAGGUAUCUUCCUACAUGGCAAAACUAUGCGCAUUGGCGGGCAACUGGGUAACUUGUCAUUGAUCGAUGAUGUGAACCAAGGCGUACCCGAGGACUCGCCCUUGCGCCAAUUGGUCACCAUUGAGGGCAAGAAUUUAGCGGACUUCAGCUACGAGACGUUCGACAGCGAGCUAGACAGCUACCCUGGAUAUGAUGCAUCUGUUGCCCUGAAGACUGGAUCGAUCAAGAUCAACUUCCUUACGGAGCCGUUCCGUAAGAUUAUGGAAUUUGCGGUCAAGUUUGGUAAAAUGCAAGCCAUCUUCAACGCCGCACGGCAAGCUGCGGCCAACCAAGCAACACAAAUUCAGCAGCGGGCCACGAAAUUCCACUUCGACAUCACUAUCAGCACCCCCAUUGUUGUUUUCCCCAGGAUGGUCAUCUCGGACAAGCCAGAGCGGGAUACCUUGACCGCCAACCUAGGAGAGAUAUACGCCAAGAAUAAGUUCGAUCCUUUAGAUGACUCCGAAGGUUCUGAUACAGCGAACAAGAUCACGGCUGGCAUUCGCAACAUCAAGCUGACAUCGAAGUUUCAUUACGAAGAUGACAGAUCAGAGGAAUUGGAGCUCAUUGACAAGGUCGAUUUGGACUUCAAUAUCACCAUGGUAGAGCAUAAGCAUGGGCAGCAGCGCCCUGACCUGGAGAUUGACGGUGGCAUGUCGGACAUCAACCUCAAGAUCACCCCCGAGCAGAUGAAGUUCGCAUUGGAGCUUUCACGAUCUAUCCCGCAGGCUUUUGCGACUGACGCGGACGGCCUGGAAGAGGACAUCCACCAAGAACUUCCUGCUUCGACCACUGAACCAGCCGGAAGACUUACAGACAAGGAGUCGCCUCCACAAGAAUCUUCGCAAGACCUUGUGGCAAGUCAGGGCCCCGAGCUCCAGACUGACGACGAUAAAUGGACGAAGCUUGACUUCGUUUUCAAGGUCGGCGCUAUCGGCUUGGAGCUCAUCAAGUCACAGGACGGUGAGCCGGUCGGCGAUGUCGAAGCUGCUAGCUUGUCCAAGUUCUCGCUCAAUGAGACAAAUGUGAAGCUUCGCAUGAUCAGCGACGGUGCCAUGGAAGCAGAAUUGGUAGUUCAGUCGUUUACGAUUCGCGACAGUCGCACUCAAGGCACCAACAAGUUUAGGAAGAUCAUGUCCUUGAUCAACACCGACGUCAAGCAGCAGUUCAUGGCGAGUGUGUCAAUCUCCGGCGGCCAAGAGAAGAACUUGAUCGCGCUUCUCACCAUCGACAGCCCAAGGAUGAUAUUGGCUUUGGACUACCUCUUCGCACUACAAGCCUUCGUAAAUGCUGGAUUAGCUACAGAUGAGCCUCUCGCGAUUGAAGACGAUGUCGAUGAAGAUGAUGCGGAUAGCGAUACUGAUGUUAUGUCACCGGAUGGCUCGCGCUCGCCAGUCAAACCUGGGGCUGAUCCUGACCAAGUAGACAAUGGUAUGAACAUCUCUUUCCGUGUCAAUCUUGUGGAUGCGCAGGUUGUCCUCAUUGCCAAUCCCGCGAUCUCGCAUUCGGAAGCCAUCGUCCUCGGCACGAAACAAGUCCUUGUAUCGAAACAGCAAGCCAUCACCUUACAAGUCGACAAAGUCGGCAUGUUCCUCUGUCGCAUGGAUCGCUUCGAGACGAGCAGGAUGCGCAUCCUGGAUGACUUCAGCAUCCAGACUGCCCUGGACAUGCGGAAUCAAGGCAAAAAUUCGUCAUUAAUCAGCAUUCAUGUCGAUAUCGAGCCUCUUGUGCUGCGCUUGUCGUUACGCGAUAUCCUGCUCGCCAUGCAGAUCGUGAACCGCGCUUCAGCUAUGUCGGGAGCCAACGAUGACAAGAAGCUGGCUGAAGAGAGCCCCAAGGCAAUUAAGCAGGGCACGCCAUCGAAGAAGGCCAAGUCUACAGUGGGCAAGGCGGCGUCCUCCAAGCCAGCGGCCAGGUCUAUCGCAACAACAAAACGUUCAAGCCAGCACGGUGCCCCACCACAACCACCCAGGCCCGCUCAAGGCUCUGCUGUCCUCAAGCGCGAGGAGAUGAACGUCAACAUCGAGGGUAUACGUGUUGUGCUCAUCGGUGAUGUACACGAAAUGCCGUUCCUCGACUGGCGAGUGAAGAAAUUUGGCAUUGACGUGCGUGACUGGUCUGGUGCUAUGACUGCCGACACUUCUGUUGACACACUCAUUAACGUCUACAACUUCUCAAAAUCCGCGUGGGAGCCGUUGAUUGAGCCGUGGCAGCUCGGCUUCCAUAUGUCCAAGGACCAGAAUCCUGACAGACUUGGAGUAGAACUGUACUCGCGCAAAGCUAUGGAGCUCACGAUAACGGCUGCCACAAUCGCCCUGGCCUCCAAGUCAUUUGAUUUCCUUACCACGGAAGAGGACAUACUGUCGAAGCCUCGCAGUGACGAUGCUCCUUACCGCAUUCGUAAUUACACAGGCUUCAACCUCGACGUAUGGGCCGAAGGCAAGGACACAAGCGAAGGGUAUGCCACCAAGCUCGAAGACGGGAACGAGCAGCCAUGGCGCUUUGAGGAUGCUUUGUCUACCCGUGAAUCACUUUCUACUGAAGCAGCGACCGGAGUAUUAGGUAUCAGAUUGGAAGGCAGUGGGUUUGAUCCCAUUCAGCGGAUACCGGUUCAUCGAGAGGGCGAGUUCCUGUAUAAUCUCAAGCCGAAGCAAGACCGAGUACAGCAUCGCAUCUUGGUCGAUGUGGAGCUUGGUGCCGACAAUGUCAAGAACAUCACCUUCAGGUCCCCGCUCCUUGUAGAAAACAACACUCAGAUUCCCAUCGAGCUCGGAAUCUACAGCCCAGAGGAGGGCCAUCUCUUGAAGAUUGAGAAGGUGGCGCCGGGUGAUGCAAGACCUGCGCCUGUUGGUGCAGCCUUCAUGCACUCCAUCGUUGUCCGUCCCGAUCAAGGCUUCGGCUAUGAGUGGUCAAAUGAGCGCUUGUAUUGGAAGGAGUUACUCAAGCGUCCCACGCGAACAAUCACCUGCCGCGGCGAGCAGGACGAUCAAUCGCCUCCUUUCUACUUCCAAUUGCAUGCGGCGUUCGACAAAAAGGACCCUCUUACGAGCGUAUACCCGUACAUGCGCUUGCGCUUGGCUGCACCGGUUGAAGUACAGAAUCUGUUGCCCUUCGAUUUCAAGUACAGGAUCUACGACAGUAACACUAAGAAAGAUUGGACCAAUUUCCUCAGGAAGGGUGGCGUGAGCCCUGUUCAUGUUGUUGAGUUGUCUCAUUUGCUGCUCAUUAGCGUCGAUUUGCAAGAUACCCCCUUCAAAGCCAGCAAGUUCGGCAUUAUCAAUUCCACGGAUCGAGAAAGCUUUAGGAGAGAAAAGACGCUGGAAUUGAAAGAUGACAAUGAUCUGUCACUUCAUCUCAACAUGCAUUUCUACAACUACCCUGACGGAGGUGGGUCGUUCAAGGUGACGAUCUACAGCCCGUACAUCAUUCUGAACCGCACCGGCUUGGAACUGGACGUGCGAGCGAAGCAGUUCAUGGGACAGGCUCGAGCGGCUGCCGGACAGGGCAUCUUUGCUAAUGACCAGAGCGACUCAACCAAGCCAUUGCCUCUGAUGUUCUCCUACCCUACGCAGGAUAAGAAGAACCGUGCGCUUCUUAAGGUCGGAGACGCGAACUGGAGUAAGCCGCAGAGUUUGGAUGCGAUUGGAAGCAACUAUGCCGUUGCUCUUCCAUCCACUAAAGCCCGAUCUGACAUGCACCUUGGUGUCAGCGUCGGUGAGGGUGAAGGAAAGUUCAACUUGACGAAGGUUGUGACUGUUGCCCCUCGCUUCAUCAUCAAGAAUAAGAUGAGAGAGGAGGUGAACAUUCGUGAGCCGGGCUCAUCUGACUGGACGUCCGUCAAGGAUGGAGAGUUGCUACCUUUGCGAUGGCUUCGACAAGGUGGAGCACCUCAGAUCUCGUUGUGCUACCCUGGCGUUAACAAUCAGUGGUCCUCACCAUUCAACAUCUCCAAUGUUGGCAAUGUUCACGUCAAGCUGUCGAAGGCUGGGCAGCGCCAGAAAUUGGUCCGAGUCGACAUUCUCAUGGAAGGAGCGACAAUCUUUAUCCACAUCAGCGUCGAGACUAAGCACUGGCCGUUCUCUUUCAAGAAUAUGAGCGACCAAGAGUUUCUCUACUGGCAAGCCAACCCCAAUCUGGAUGAGGAUGAAGAUGACCGAGGAACUGGCUUCCGCCCCAUUCGAUACCGCCUUCCUCCUAGGAGCAUCAUGCCAUAUGCAUGGGACUUCCCAGCUGGGAAAAAUAAGGAGAUAGUACUGAGCGCCAACGGAAGAGAGCGAAACGUCAAGCUUGCAGAGAUUGGCAACCUUAUUCCCUUCAAGCUGCCACCCGCUCAAGGCCAGCGCCAGAAGAUCAUCGAUCUGAACGUGGUUGCCACUGGGCCUACACAAACACUGGAGCUUUCGAACUACAAGCCGUCCAAGAGUCUGUACAAGCAGAAAUCCGCAGGCUCCUCAUCAACAGCUGGAGGAUUCGAAGUCAAGGAUAUGGAUACCAAUGUCACAUUCAAAGCGCAACUACGCCUCGCUGGUAUCGGCAUCUCGCUUGUCAAUCGUCACCUAAAAGAGCUCGUGUAUCUGACGCUGCGCGACAUUGAACUUAAGUAUUCAGACUCGCCACUUUACCAGAUGGUCAAUCUGCAUGUCAAGUGGAUCCAGAUCGAUAACCAACUGUAUGGAGGAAUUUUCCCUAUCAUCUUUUACCCAAGUGUGGUCCCAAAGACUGGCAAGGAGAUGGAAGCGCAUCCCAUCUUCCAAACGAGCAUCACCCGAGUUAAGGAUGACUCUUAUGGCGUGUUGUACAUCAAGUACUUCACCAUUCUCCUUCAGCAGAUGACUCUGGAGAUUGAUGAGGACUUUAUCUUCGCGAUGCUUGACUUUGCAAAGAUCCCUGGUGCAUCAUGGUCAGAAGAGAAAGAAGGCAAGCUGUGGGACGAAUCCCUCGACAUCCCAGAGCCCCAACAGGAACAGUCGGGACAGGAUGUCUACUUUGAACUACUUCACUUGCAGCCUAUGCAGAUUGAUCUUUCUUUUGUUCGAACGGAACGCAUCAACGCCGAGGACACCAUGGCCUCAGCGAAUCCGUUCAUGUUCGCUGUCAAUGUCCUAACCAUGUCGAUCGGCAAUGUCAACGACGCACCUGUACGAUACAAUGCAUUGAUGCUCGAGAACGUACGCGUCUCGACAGAUGCGCUCGUUGCCAACAUCAAGAACCACUACGUGCAAGAGUCCCUACGCCAGGUGCACGUCGUUAUCGGAUCUGCUGAUUUCCUCGGUAACCCCGUUGGUCUCUUCACAAACGUUAGCUCUGGUGUCGCCGACAUCUUUUACGAGCCGUACCAGGGUCUGGUCAAGUCCGACCGUCCAGAGGAGCUCGGUAUCGGUAUCGCAAAGGGUGCAUCAAGCUUCGUCAAGAAGUCGGUGUUCGGCUUCUCCGACAGUAUGGCUAAGUUCACUGGAAGUAUGUCGAAGGGUCUCUCUGCCGCAACGCUAGAUAAGGAGUUCCAAGACCAGCGCCGCAUGUCCCGUUCACGCAACCGGCCGAAGCACGCCCUGUAUGGCAUCACAGCUGGCGGCAACGCCUUCGCCAACAGUCUUGCAAGUGGUCUGGGUGGCCUCGCUCGUCACCCCAUCCAAGGCGCAGAGAAAGAAGGCGCUCUUGGCUUCGUUAAAGGUGUUGGCAAAGGCCUCCUUGGUGUCCCCACCAAAGCUGCUAUUGGCGCGUUCGAUCUCGCCUCUAACAUGGCCGAAGGCGUGCGCAACACAACAACAGUUUUCGAUCAAGAAGGCCUCGACCGCGUGCGCCUCACGCGCUUCAUCGGAACGGACGGCAUCGUACGUCCUUACUCCCAGCGCGAAUCUCUGGGCCAGUUCUGGCUCAAGACUCUCGAUAAUGGAAAGUACUUCAAUGAGGACUACAUUGCCCACCUGGAGCUUCAAGGCAAGGACAUGCUUGUCAUGCUGACGUACAAUGGGAUCUUGAUGAUUAAAGCGAAGGCGCUCCGGACAGAAUGGGAUGUCCCGCUAAAGGAUAUUCAGACCAUUAGCAAGGAGAGGACGGGCAUGAGUAUCACGCUGAAGGGUGGAACGAAUGGCCCAUAUAUCCCGGUUGCGGAUGAAGGGAGCAGAAAUUGGUUCUACAGGCAGGUUGCUGUGGCGGUUAAUGCUUAUAAUGAUCGUUGGAAUGCGAAGGGUUAG